CCUUACUCUUGUGUGUCUCUCCCACCCCCUCGCUCUUUUCUCUCUCUCGCUCUUUUCUCUCCUUUUCCUUGGGCCCGGGCAGCGCGCGCCCCGCCCAGCCUCUACCCGGCGCUAGAUAUAUAUACGGCGGCGUUGCAAACUGGGCUGAGCAGAGCCGGGUUGGGACUGGAGUGGCGGCAGAAGGGAAGGAGGGGAAGUAAGCAGCCCGCUAGGUAUACAGUAUAGAUAGAUAGAUAGAUAGAUAGAUUGCUUGGGUAGGUGGCGGCUGGAAUUUAUCCAUUUUUAUUUUUCAUUUUUACACGGUUCUUAAUUUUCUCCCGCUGCUUCCUGUUUUUUCUCCCUCCCCCUCGUCGCUCACCCCGUUUGCAAAAUCCGGACUCUCCGUUGUUUUGAUUUGCCCACCGCUGGCUGCAUCGCCUCUUGUCUUGCUUGCACUGCGGGUGGGAGCUGCUUGGCCGGGGCGCCCGAGGGCUCUGCCCGCCCGCCUGCGUUUCUUUUGCACCAUGAAAGCGGUGAGUCCCGUGCGACACCCCAGCAGGAAGGCGCUGGCGGGCUGCUGUUGCGGAGGAGGAGGAGGUGGAGGUGGAGGUGGAGGCGGCGGCGACCUGGCGCUGCGUUGCCUGGCCGAGCACGGCUGCUACAAGGGGAGCCCCUCUCCGGGCGAGGAGCCGGCGGCGCUGUGCCUCCAGUGCGAUAUGAAUGACUGUUACAGUCGCCUCCGGAAGCUGGUGCCCACCAUCCCGCCCAACAAGCGGGUCAGCAAAGUGGAGAUCUUGCAGCAUGUCAUCGACUACAUCCUCGACCUGCAGCUGGCCCUCGAGACGCACCCGGCGCUGCUCCGGCAACAGCAGCAGCAGCCGCCGCUGCCGCCUCCCCCGCUGCACCCGGCCAGUUACCCGGCAGGGCCUCCCAGGACCCCGCUCACGGCGCUCAACAGCGACCCGGCUGGGGCUGUUAAUAAGCCAGGGGACAGUAUUCUGUGCCGCUGAACUGCACUUGCAAGGUGUGCAGCAGGCAGAUCCUGAGCCAGAGACGCAGAAAGAAAGACACAUUAGAGAGGGAGGGGAAAAAAGAAAGAAAGAAAUGUCAGCCACUGGGCAGAAGGAAAAAUAAUAAUAAAUCAACUACUCCAGAAUUCUUUCCAUACUUCCUUUAGAAAAAAAGAGAAAGAGAGAAAAAAAAUUUCACAACUUUGCACGUUCAUAGCAUUUUACACACAUGUCUCUUAACUCUUUUGUUUUAGAUCAGAUGUGAAUUGUACACUUGUCUGGGAGGGAGGGGGUUUAAAUCUUCAGCAUACGUAAGUGUGGCCCUUCUGUUGAUAGAAGAUCAGGGGCAAAUCAGAGUUUAGAAGUAUAACUUUAAUGUGCUGAGCAGCUGAAAACUGAAGCUUUACUAAUCUACCAGAGGCGUUGUAGAUAACUUUUGUUUUGACAUCUAUUGUUUAAAAUAGAUGAUUUUAUUGUUUCCUCAGGGACUUUCUUCUCCCUGCAGGAGUGUUACAUAUUGUAUAGAUUAAAAAAAAAAAUGAGUGACAUUUCAUACUAUGUAUAUAGAGAGAGGUUCUAUAAGUGUGAGAAAAGUAUAUGCUUUAAUAGACCUACUGUAAUUAUAAAAUAUUUUUAAUUAAAUAUUUUUUUGUAAAUAUUAUAAAGCUGUGUAUGUUUUUUUUAAAAUCUGUGGGAAGAUUUCUUUAGGAAAACUGUUUCUGGCUUAAGUGCAGAACUGCUGAUGAUGAAAAUAUGUUGGAUGUCGGGGGGGUGGUCUCUUCCUUUCCUCUCCCCCCCACCCCCUUUAGAUUCAGAAACCACAGCUGUAGGUAGAGUUGGUCCUGCAUGAAUGCAUGAGAUGUCUAACCACAAAUAAACUUGUUGAGUCCAUACAGAUGUGUUUUUCUUUAAUUUGAAUUUAAAAAGAUGUUUGUAUCAUACGGUUUUGAAGCUACAUUUUUUGUCUGUUAGGCACAGGGGGGGUGGUUUAUAUUACAGUGUAUGCGGAACAGCGUUGAGAUGUAAGGGUUUUGUUUGUUACGAACUGAGAUGACUACUUUUUUCAAUAUGGGUACAGUGCUGAGGAAUAAUAAUGAGCAUUUAUAAAAUUCUUUUGUUGCCUAAACAGAAAUAGGAAUCACAAAACACGGAACACUUUUUUAACACCAAGAGGGAUGCUACCCCAGAAUUUCAGCCCUGUGGCAUAUUGCUUUGGAAAAACAGUGAAAAACGUUUUCUGCUUAUAACCAAAGGGCAAACUAUCAACAAAUGUACAGUUGCUGUUUCUUUCGUCCAAAGACUAUUGAUACUGAAACUUGGGGGGGGGGGUAGGGGUGGGACAAGAGGGAACAUUUCAGUCUGAUUACUGGUGUAAAUCAAUUUCAAAGAACUUAGACCAAAAAAUAAAAAUCAGAUGACUGUAUCAAGAUUAUUUUUCUAAUAUACAGCAGCAUUCAUUUCAUUACAGCUCUGUUACAUCUGAAAAUCCUGUUUAGUCUCUUGUUAUGUGUAACUUCUACAUGUAAACAUUAAACUAGAUUGACGUGC